CGAUAGAGAAUCCAGAUCUUUUUGUUCUUUCUGCAGCAGAUUGUAAACGGAUUUUACAAGUUUGUAUUUCAGUCGGACGUGUGUUGGUUUAUUCGGGAUGCAUUAGUGUAAAAAUAGUGAGUUUAAUUAUUGUAUUAAUUAUUGUAAGAAAAGAGCGACACGUCACGUUCUGAACUUCAUGCUUUGCAUUUUGGUCGAUGCAGCGAUUUUUCUAUAUUCUAGGGAGUGGAAAAUAACUGUGAAUCAGGGCUAACCGGUUGUGCAGUAGGUGAAAUUAUUUUCAAUUGGCAUUGAAUGUAAAUUGUCACAGAAUAAUACUCUUGUAAGCCUGCCAAAAAAUCGCUCCUCAAAGUGAAAUCUUGAGGGUGUUUGUAGUGAGAGACUCAGACCUUUACAGCAGUCCCUGAAGCUGGCUCUGUCCAGAUGUUCGACAGCGCUGAGGUGGAGACUUCCCCUGCGCUGCUAUGUCCUCCCUUUGGGGAGCUCUGCCGCGAGCAGCCAAUCCUCCACCAAUGCCAAAAGCCAAUUUCUAACGACCCAGAGCGCUUUGUUUCACCAAAGUAAAGCCAAAGCAAGUCCUGAUCCAAACAAGAUCACUUCAGUGUCAUCGGGGUCUGGAUUGGAGGGGGAGCUUUUUGGAAUGGGGUUGUGGUCGCUGGGUCUGGGUGCUAUUGGAGCUGCCCUAGCUGCAGUCUUCUUGGCCAACACUGAUCUCUGCCUCCCUAAAGCUGCCAGUGCAUCACUGCAAUACCUUGAAGAUGCCAACCUGCACUCCACCAUCGAAGAUGAAAAGGUCAUCAAAGCAAAGAGCCUGUGGGAGAAGAACGGGGCUGUGAUCAUGGCUGUUCGGCGGCCUGGAUGAUUUUUGUGCAGAGAGGAGGCCUCAGAGCUCUCCUCUCUGAAGACCCAGCUGGCAGAGCUCGGGGUCCCUCUGGUCGCUGUGGUGAAAGAGAACGUUGGUACAGAGAUUCAGGACUUCAGGCCGCACUUUGCUGGGGACAUCUAUAUAGAUGAACAGAAACGUUUCUACGGCCCGCUGCAGAGGAAGAUGGGGGGCCUUGGCUUCAUUCGCCUUGGAGUGUGGCAGAAUUUCAUACGGGCUUGGAGGUCUGGUUAUCAGGGCAACAUGAGUGGAGAGGGUUUCAUUCUGGGAGGAGUGUUUGUCAUUGGAGCAGGAGACCAGGGAAUCCUCCUGGAACAUCGUGAGAAGGAGUUUGGUGACAAGGUGGACACAGCAGAUGUUCUAGAGGCUAUAAAGAAAAUUGUGCCAGUGAAAUAAUAUAUUUGUAGUGUUAGACAAAGAGUAGAUACACCGUAUUAGAUGCAAACUACAUCAAAUAAUUCAUAUUUGUAGCUUGACAUGUUGAACUGUUGUUAAAAUCUGCAAUAUCACGAUAUUACCUCUGUCUUUUGCACCGUAAUUUGCUGUUUAAUGUGUAAAAUGAGCUGUGCAUUGCAGGACAGAGCCAAUAAUAUUCCAGCAUUUGCCAGUAAUUGCUCACAAGCUUGGAUUUUGACAUGGGCAUUAAAAGAAAGGGACUUUGAGGCAGCGUUGUCAUUCAGGUACGAUGAUCCUUCCACCUGAAAUCCGUCCUUCAAAUAAACAUUUCGAUCUAAAGUCUGGAUUUCAUAUUGAUAAUCUAUGUUAUCUGUAUUGUAGUGGCACAUUUUUAAUUGUGUAAAAGCUUCAUUUGCAUCCCCUGGUCAGGCUCCUGAACAGCCUCUGACAUGAGAGGUGGGAGUGUGUGGCCUGUGUGUGUGAUAAUGACAACUUGACUCUAAACUCAGCGCUGAGAGGAGCAGGUUUGAUGCCCAAACGCAUGCAGGUUCAGCUCCCGUCCUUGUGAUGAGGCGUGUUUGUGAUGCUUGACGCAAGUGUUGCUUUCAUGUGUGUUUGUGUUAGACACAAAGCACACACACACACGUGGGCAUAUUAGCUGCAGACAAAUAAAAAUGAGUUAAUCAC